GGAACAUUCUGUAUAUUUCACAUAGUUGUCCAUCAGAAUAUUUGUUGAUAAGUGAAUAGGCCUUUACAUAGUGGUCAAACUCCUCAUAUGUUAAUGUGCUAAUGCUUAUGACACAACUGAUUUCUGAACGACCUAGUUUUUGCAGCUUAGUUUCUAUAAAUGGUCUGUGUGGACUUGGGAGAGAGAUGUGAACGUUAGAGUCAUGUCUUCAUAAUACACGUCUCUUUAGUCUGUGACAUUCCUCUGGCCGGAAAAGGUUUUCACGUCCAUAUGCAACUGGUCUCCAGGCGAAUAUGUCUGGGAUUUUUUUGGGAGUCAGGGAAUGUGCUAUCUGUUAUUGCUGCUCCAUACGCAACCCUUUCACACAGCUUGAGGCCAACGACUUUACCAUAUGAUGUUUAUCACAGCAACAUUCUGCUUGCAAUCCACUAUCCACAAGUAGUUUAAGAAGUCUAUUUUUCCUCACAUAGAGGAAUGUUAAAGAGUUUGUGUUGCAAUAUUGGAAUUUUUAGCAAGAUAGUUCACCCAAAAAUCAUUAACUCACUCUCAUGUUGUUGUAAACCUAUAUGACUUUUCUUCUGUGGAACAUAAAAGAAGAUGUUUGAGAAAUGUCAAUUACAAUACAAUAAAGGUCAAUGGGCUCAAAUGUUGUCAGGUUCACAACAUACUUCAAAAUCUAAUUUUUCUGUUUUUCAAAUGUUCAUGUAAUCAUUUCAGGGUCUCAUGUGCUAUCAUUAAGUUGUAUUAUAUAUCAUAUAUUGGCAUUUUAUAGACCACCCUGCUUUCUAGAAAUGCAAAGUGACCUGACCUGAUAAACUUCUGACUGCCUCCAAACCUCUGUUGUGAUGGAGUCUACAAUUGAAGCUUCAAGGAGAGCACGUUUCUGCUGGGUAGAUGAUAUUUGAGAACAUCUAUAUCCUGGAUUUUCAUUUUGACCUUCCUCUAAAGUAGCAAAGCCAGAGAAAAAAGUCUGCAGCUUGUAUUUUUCCCAGCAAGAAAAUGGGAAAGGGGUUGUUUCAUCCUUUGCUUUUUCUUGUACAAGAGUGUUGUGUUUAUCUGUAAAACGUGCAUCUUCCCAGAGGGGUUUAGGGGGGUUGCACUUGAGAAUUAUUGACCUAUUUCCAACAUCAUUUUUAAGUUCAACACUGCUUAUUCUAUCAUAUGGGCCACUGGUAUAUCAGGUCAGUCUUUAUUUUGGGAUAUCAGAAAUUGGCCAAAUAUCCGUUUGUAUUUCAUGUUCUGGAUAUGCUUGUCCACCCCCCAUCUCUCCCCUCCUCAACACACACAUGUAUUCAUAAGCAUAUCCUCCUCUCAAACAGAACACUGUUUUAGUGUGAGCUUCAUCCUUCCAGAGCAACAAAGCCUGUCUUGUUUGUCGUCUGAGCUCACGGCGUUGCGUUCACUGUCUGCCAGCCAUGCCCAGUUAAAUCACAAUGACCCUGUCAGAGACGGGUAGAGUAAGUUUGAGUCUAGAUAGCAUCAUUUCCUAAACCUAAAUCGGUCCGUGUUAUUUCAACAACUGUUUUUAACAACAAAAGGACUGGUAAAAACGACAUUACCCAUGAUUCUGCAAAAAAAAAAUUCCACCAAUGAGGGAACUGAAAUGAGCAAAUCACACCAAAGAACUCUUUAGCGCCCACUCACUCCCAUGAAGCACAGUGAAUGGUGUGAACACUCUUUGGUGCUUGUAUUCCCCCACAGCUCAUCCUUAUUCCCAGGAGGCUUUGCACACCGUCAUAGCAGGAAGCAAGAGUGGGAAAAAGAAAUGGAACAAGAAGUUGCCCUCUUAGCCAGCAGGUUUGACAAAAGGCAGUAGUACGGCCAACAAGUACCAUCUAGACCUUAAAACAUUUCAAGAACGCAGAAGAACUCCGUAAGACCUUCAGAAGAAUAGGAAUACUAUCACAUACUUGGAGGACAGUAAAGAACAGCACAAAGAUGAAGUUGAAGGAGGACAUGUCUCCUCUCCUGCUGCAGGUCUUUCGAUCGGUCGUCUGGGUUUAUUCCGUCAUCACAUUCCUGCCCUGGUACCUGCUCUCCGGAGCCAGCGAGAGGCAGGCCUGUGCUAAACGGGUCAAAGCGCGCUCUGUAAGCGGGAGUCCGGCAGGGUCGUACCGGGCCGUGAACAGCCAGCAGAAAUUGGUGUCCCUGCUGCAUGAGGGUGUGGAUACUUUGGAUAAAGUAUUUGAAUACGCUGUAGUACACUUCCCUCAACGAGACUGCCUGGGCACUAGAGAGCUGCUAAGUGAGGAGGAUGAGAUACAGCCUAACGGCAAGGUCUUUAAAAAGGUGAUUCUGGGCGAUUAUAACUGGUUGUCGUAUGAAGACACUUUCCAUCUGUCUCAGAGGUUUGGUAGUGGGUUGGCUGCACUGGGCCAGAAGCCUCUUUGUAACAUCGCCAUUUUCUGCGAGACUCGUGCAGAAUGGAUCAUAGCGGCGCAGGCUUGCUUCAUGUACAACUUCCCCUUGGUGACUCUAUACUCUACAUUGGGAGGAGCAGCUAUAGCUCAUGGGCUAAAUGAGACUGAGGUUACACACAUCAUCACAAGCAAAGACCUGCUGCAGAGCCGCCUCAAGGCCAUUCUGAUGGAUGUGCCCAGACUGAAGCACAUUAUAGUGGUUGAUAAGAAGCCCAAGAGUUUGCCUGAUCUCCCCAGAGGCAUCAUGGUUCACAACGUGGCUGCUGUGCAAGAACUGGGAGCCAAACCUGAAAAUAUAAUGGUGUCCCGCAGACAGCCUGUCCCGUCUGAUAUCGCAGUGAUCAUGUACACCAGCGGCUCUACAGGCAUUCCUAAAGGAGUCAUGAUCUCCCAUAGAAACAUCAUCGCUGGCAUCACUGGCAUGGCUGAACGCAUUCCUAACCUGAAUGAGAAUGACACCUACAUUGGCUACCUGCCACUUGCUCACGUCCUGGAGCUCAGCGCUGAGCUGGUGUGUGUGUCACAUGGCUGCCGGAUUGGAUAUUCGUCACCUCAGACUCUUGCUGACCAGUCAUCUAAAAUUAAAAAGGGCAGCAAAGGAGACACCAGUAUGCUCAGACCAACACUGAUGGCAGCCGUACCUGAGAUAAUGGACCGUAUCUAUAAGAAUGUGAUGACUAAAGUUGAAGAGAUGAGCAGUGUGCAGAAAACUCUCUUUGUUCUGGCGUACAACUACAAGAUGGAGCAGAUCUCCAAAGGAUACAACACACCACUGUGUGACCGGCUUGUGUUCAAGAAGGUUCGCUCGUUGCUGGGCGGUAGCAUGCGAGUACUGUUGUCUGGCGGAGCUCCUUUAUCUGCAGCUACUCAGCGUUUUAUGAAUAUCUGCUUCUGCUGUCCUGUGGGACAGGGCUACGGCCUGACGGAGACCUGCGGAGCCGGGACCAUCAGCGAUUUGGCUGAUUACAGCACUGGACGUGUUGGAGCUCCUCUGGUGUGUUCAGAGAUCAUGCUGAAAGACUGGGAGGAAGGUGGCUAUUUCAGCACAGAUAAACCAAACCCACGAGGAGAGAUUCUGAUGGGUGGUCCCAACGUCACCAUGGGUUACUAUAAAAAUGAGCAGAAGAACCGAGAGGAUUUCUUUGUGGAUGUGAACGGCCAGCGCUGGUUCUGCACCGGAGAUAUCGGAGAAUUUCACCCUGACGGCUGCCUCAAGAUUAUCGAUCGUAAGAAGGACCUGGUGAAGUUGCAAGCUGGUGAAUAUGUGUCUUUGGGCAAAGUGGAGGCUGUGCUCAAAAACUGCCCGCUCAUUGACAACAUCUGCGCUUAUGCCAACAGUGAGGAGUCUUAUGUGAUUGGGUUUGUGGUGCCCAAUCAGAAACAGUUAACUGCCCUUGCAGAGCAGAAGGGCAUCAGAGGAUCAUGGGAAGAGAUCUGCAACCAUGCAGAGAUGGAGAAAGAGGUUCUAUGUAUCAUCACAGACGCGGCUAUAACAGGUAAACUGGAACGCUUUGAGAUCCCAAAGAAAAUCCGUCUGAGCGCCGAACCCUGGACGCCCGAGACAGGCCUGGUUACUGACGCCUUCAAACUCAAACGCAAGGAACUAAAAACGCACUAUCAGGACGAUAUCGAGAGGAUGUACGGCGGCAAGUGAAUGAAGCCAGGUGGUGUUAUGUGGUGUUAUGUGGUGGUGGGGAGGGAGGGAGGGAGGUUUAGGACACACCAUAUACCACAAUGCCUAUAUAUGAAAAAAAAACAUCCCACAAUCCUCUGCCUUCCUGCCCCCUGUGAUGUUCUGCAAUCAAAACAGGGACACACUUGAAUUUUCGUUCAGUUAUGGUUUGAUGAGAGGGAAAGGA